AAUCGAAUGUCUUGGAGCGCAUGGGUCUUCCAUGAACAGUCAAACUGAAUCAGAUCUCUUGAUGCCCAUGAAUACGUCCAAAUGACUCGUUGGACAGGCAGGAAAUGCAUAAAGAGAUCUUCCAUCGCCCAUUUUCCCUCUCAUCAAACCACUCCCAAGAAGCGCCGUACCAGCAUACCAAGCAUCAUGUCUACCGGCCUUAUCUCAUUCCUCACUUGCGGACUCGUGCAACCUAAACGCAAGUACACGGGUAAGCUCACUGCUCCCACCAUGCAGCAGCAUACUGUUCACUCCUCGCAAUUUGUACGCUCUUCACAUCAGUAUGCUGAGCCAAGUACUACAGCAAAGGUGAUGAAGCAAUCGUGUCGCCAACCUGCAUAUCUCUCUGCGGAAUUCAUCUUCCCAAUGCCUCCGGCUCGGUAUGUGGACAAGGCUACCUCGCCGGCGUCGUCUUGUACAAGUAUCAAACCGAGUGCAGUGCAGGCGGUGACGCAGGCGCGCCUCAAAGCUGUACGGUCUUCUGGAACACCGAUUCAGUAUGUGAACAAGGCCACUUCGCCUGCAACCUCUCGCGCAAGCAUCCACGCCAGUGCUCCGAGCGCUUUUAGCACCAAGUCAAGUACCUCCAGCGUGACUCACGUCUCGACUCUGGAUACCAAAGGUUUGUCUCUCUCUGCCGCUGCGUCUGUCGCUUCUUGCAAGGCGCUAGCAAGCACAGUACGUUCGCACGCAAGCAAUCCUGCCGCUACCGAGUCAUUGGGCCGUUCAACAAUCUCAGCGCAAAGCUGCCGUGAAAAGCUCUAUUCUUCCCCAGAGCAACCUCUGGCACGCGUUUCGUGCAGGUAGAUGGUUGUUUUGAGGCGCGAGGGCUACCAUUGCCCUCAUGAUUCAGAAGGCAACCAAGCACCUGUGGCUGCUGAUUUUAUGUAUGACUGCAGCAGCUGGAACUCGGAUUCGUUUUCAGAGGGCACGUAUGUGUCGGCUGUCAACUCGCUGGACAACUUGUAUUUUGCAGAUGAUAUUUGCCAGUACUCGCAGCCUUGCAUCAACGACAUCUGGAAGCCUUUUGGAAGAAAUAGUGUCGCAACAACGCAUUGGAUUGUUUGGAAGUGCUGAAGUCAUACAAACAGAUAAAAUUAGACAUCUAUACUACGAUUUUCAUUGUCCUACACUUCUCAUGAUGAGCAGCACAGGCGUUUCCUCCCGAGUGCCCAUCU